AUGGACCUUGCUGAAGCGGAAUCAGGUAUCUGGGAGUCUGAAGAAAUACUUGGGUUUAACGUUUACCUCAGCGAAAUUUCGUUUGGAUUCGAUCGCCUUGCCAAUGAAGGCGAGACGGCUGUCUUCAAGCUUGAGGGUGGUACAGAGGAUUUAUUUCCAGAGAUCAUGUCACAGUACCCGAUCUGGGUCGUCGAUGAAGAACAGCGGGAGAUCAGCUUCGAUUGGCGGGCUAUGUUUUCUCAAUUCUGUGCAGACGAUGAGCUGAAGAACUAUAUGAAACAUAAUCUAUCUAACGAAAGAACCGGACCGAUCAAAGCUCGAAAGCUUGAGGACAAGACUGACCGAGGCGAAGCAGAUAUAUUCGACGGGGUCUCUUCCUCGCAGCGCGGAUGA